AUGAAAAACCAUGAAGUUGUUCCUUACGAAUUGCUGCACAAGAUAUCUGGGUUGGGCAAGCGUGGCUCUUCCGUCUUAAAGAUCCUCAAGGAACACUUGGUUCCCAAUAGACUAAUUGCCCAUGAGGUCGACUCUAGAACGGGUUACCGUGGCUAUCGUCUUACAAAUAUGGGCUAUGAUUAUCUUGCUCUAAAUCAACUUAUCAAGUCGGGCAUUGUGGGCGACUUGGGCGCCAUGAUUGGAUCUGGUAAAGAAUCAGAUGUUUAUUUGGCUCUUUCUGGAACGAAUGAUAAUGAGGAAAAAUUAUCAUUACAAGAGGAUUCACAAUACAUCGUUAUUAAGUUCCAUCGCCUCGGUCGUAUUUCAUUUAGAAAGGUAUGUUCCAUAAGUUCUCCAUGCAGCUCCGACCACGUAAAAAUGGAGUCAAGCGAAAGGACACACGAAGGCCACGUUAUCUUGAUCUUCAUAUAUACGAUAUAUGUUCUAAUAUCCUCACCAUUUAUGCAUUUUAAUCAGGCUCUUCAUCAUAUUGGCAUGCCAGUCCCACGACCACUUUCCCACAACAGGAAUGCUGUUGUCAUGAUGCACAUACCUUGUGCAAUCCAGCUGAAUAGGCUUCCUCAACGAAUCCUUAAGGCAAACGAUUCAAAGCUUGCCCGAAAUUUAUAUGAUCAGACUAUUGGCUUAUUGGUCACUUUAGCAGCAAAUGGCCUCGUCCAUGGUGACUUAAAUGAAUUUAAUUUGAUGGUUUCCAGAUGUUCGCCUGAGGCUGGACAAGACGAUGACUUCGAUUCAUUUUUUUUCUCUAAACAAGACUUCGAUGCUGAAACUGAACAAAUAGAAGAUUUGAAACUUGUCUUGAUUGACUUCCCCCAAGCUAUCAGUCGAGAUCACAGAAUUUCUGGAGUGUAA